CCAGCAGACGUCACACUCUACAGAACAUAAAAAGUUUUUCUCCUUUCUUGUGAUUUUGUUUAUUUCCGUCUUAUUUAAAAUGAAUAUUGAUAAAUAAUAGUCAUUAAACUGUUCAUUCUAAUUAAGGUCAUAUACUGAACCAGAAAACUCUCUCAGAAUGGAAGGGAAUGGUGUUGUUUUGUGUGACAAUCUUAUCAAGUGGCUGCGAACCCUAAAUCUUAUUGCUAAACAUGGAAAUUCAGCAGAAUUAUCAGAUGGGGUUGCGAUAGCAGAAGCACUCACACAGAUAGCUCCUGAAUAUUUCACUUCUGCUUGGAACUCUAAAAUUAAGACAGAUGUAGGGCACAACUGGAGAUUGAAAGUUAGCAACCUGAAGAAAAUAUUAGAAGGAGUAGUUGAUUAUCACCAAGAUAUUUUAAAUUUAAGUCUUCAUGAAUUUCCAAGACCAGAUGUGGUAAAUAUAGCAGAAACCUCAGAUCAGUCAGAUUUGGGCAGACUAUUACAACUUGUUUUAAGUUGUGCUGUUAACUGCAAUAAGAAAGAGGAGUAUAUUACACGUAUAAUGGAAAUGGAGGUGUCAUGUCAACGGUCUAUUAUGCAAGCUAUACAGGAAUUGGAGACAUUGACAUUGGGUGUGAAUCGUGGCAGUCUGCCCUUGGACGCGACGGGGGACCAGACUGAUGCUGAUAUGAAAGAAGUCCUCGCGCAAAGAUGCCAUGAACUUGAUACAAAGGUGAAAAUAUUACAAGAAGAGAAGAUGACACUGCUGAGCGAAGUCGCGCGGUUGACAGCGACACGGGCGGCAGAGGGCGCGGGCGCGGAUGCGGAAGCGGAGGCGGAGUUAGACGACGCGGGGGGAUCGUUAGGCCCGGCGCACGCGGGUACAUUGCGCUAUAGUAACAUGCGAGCGCAACUAGAUGCACUCAAGGACGAAUUAGAUAAGGUAGAACUACAAAGAGACGACCAAAGAGCGCGGGCAGAUGCACUCGAGCGGGAUCUCGCUCUGGUCAAGUUGAGGAAUGAGGAGUUACAGAUCGCGGCGUCAGAAAACGUAGUAUUAAAAGAUGAAGUGGACGCGCUGCGGGAGACGGCUGCGAAGGCGGCAGCGCUCGAGGCGACCGUUGCCUCUUACAAAAAGCGAAUGGAGGAGCAUGUAGACCUCCGAAGACAGGUAAAACUUCUAGAGCGCGCGAACACAGAGCACGUGCAGCGAGCGAUAGAGCAGGAGCAGGCGGCCGUCCGCGCCAACACGCUGCGGGCACAACUCGACAUUUAUAAGAAACAGGUAACCGAUUUGAACGAGAAAUUGGACGCGGAAAUAACGAAGGCGGAUAAACUUGAGAUAGAGAAUAAGAAGCUGAGCAGCCGCGUGGCGUCGGCGCAGCGCGAGCGCGACGCGCUGUUGCACGAACGCGACGCACUGCGUGACACCGUCGACGAGCUGCGCUGCGCCGCCAUCACGCCUGGGGCGAGUGAAGAUAACGUUUCAAGGGAAUUAAUACCGAAUGACCUAAAGGAGCGACUUAUACGGUUGGAGCAUGAGAACAAGCUGCUCAGACAGAACCAGGGAGCUCAGGCUGAUCAGGCUUCUGUGCAGGCGCUUCUGGAAGAUUACGCAGCGCGACUGGAGAAGCAGCGCGCCGUCAACCGCGAAGCCAACCAGCGCAUCAUGCAGCUUGAAGCCACGCUUGAGGCACCACACCCUCGUCUCGCCUCCGCUAUCGAGGACAGCCAGAGGAAAUCUUUACAAGUGGAAGAGCUUCAGACGGCACUGGCGGAGGAACGGCGCCGCGUCAGCAAAUUGCAGGAAACGUUGACUGCACGAGAAGCCGAGCUCCUUGCCAAUGAGGAUAGGUACAAGAAAUGUGUCGAAAAGGCCAAGGAAGUCAUUAAGAGCCUCGACCCAAGGACCACUGGCCAACAAUCGUUAUCGGACAUCACACUAGGUUACUCGCGCGGUGCUGGCAGUAACAGCGCCAACGCAUCUCGAGCCGACAUCACUCCAGCAAAUAAUAAUCGACACGAAUGGAGCGGCAGCGGUAGUUCAGAGAGCGGCCGCGGCGGCAGCGAACAACGCCUGCUAGCGUCCGCCUGGUACCAGCUCGGCGCGCGUUGUCACCGCGACGCUGUGGAGGCACGCUUCGCGUUGCUGUCGGCCGGACACUCGUUCCUCGCGCGGCAGCGCCGGCAGCCGCCGCGGCCGCGACCGCCCGCGCCCGCCGCGGCCGCCGGCCCGGCCAGCCCCGCCGCCGCCGCCCCCUCCCCCGCCCCCGCCCCGGCCGCCGCGCAAUGACAGCGCCCCUGACGCGAGACGUGCUCGCGGCUACUCGUCUACUACGCGAAGGACCGCACGGAGAUACUCACUGAGUGAUCCCCGCGUUCGCGAUUCCGUCAAUUUAUCUUCUCGUCGUGUGCGAUUCAGUAUUGAUUCGAGUCGACGUUCCGGCUGUGUAAUGCCGGCCUUACCGAGGCCUCACCGCGUGGCCGAUACUUCCAUUAUUAUUCAAACGGCAAUCGACGGUUAAUAACAAUUGAAAUUGUAUUGUCUCGUUUAGUAUCCGUAAGUGUUAAUGAUAUUUGGCCGCAAGUAUUUUUAAUUUUACUAAUAUAUAUUUUAAGAAAAAAUUAUGUGAGAGGUCCGAAUAGGACCAAGAUAUACCAAAAUGAUAAUUUUUAAAAUUCUGUUUAUCUAUCUGUAUGCUUGUUCCGGUAUCGUGUAAAAACUACUGCACCAAAUUGAAUAAGGUUUUCACAGUUGUAUUCCUGAAGGUCUAACUUAAAAUCUGGUGUAUGAUUUUUCUUGAUAUAUUUAUCUUGAUUGAUCUAGAAGUAGCCUAUUUAUUUCAUCAUUAUUUACCUACUUCUGAAAUCCACGUUUACGAAAUAUCGAACAAAAAUUAGUUAAAGUAUAAAAAUGCAGCUGAUCUAAAACAUACCUUGACAUUCUUUGAAAAAAAAAAACUUUCCAACAAUGAAAAAUUAAAAUAUUUAAUUUAUAAAUUUUUUGAAAGUAAUAGUUUUUGGUCGAAAGAUGCACAUAACAAUACAGUAAGACCAUAAAUAAUUACCGGUUCGGUGAACGCUUCGAUUUAGCUCUUCUUGUGUUGUAUUGGUACAAUUGAUAAAAUUCUGUUUAUCUAUCUGUAUGCUUGUUCCGGUAUCGUGUAAAAACUACUGCACCAAAUUGAAUAAGGUUUUCACAGUUGUAUUCCUGAAGGUCUAACUUAAAAUCUGGUGUAUGAUUUUUCUUGAUAUAUUUAUCUUGAUUGAUCUAGAAGUAGCCUAUUUAUUUCAUCAUUAUUUACCUACUUCUGAAAUCCACGUUUACGAAAUAUCGAACAAAAAUUAGUUAAAGUAUAAAAAUGCAGCUGAUCUAAAACAUACCUUGACAUUCUUUGAAAAAAAAAAAACUUUCCAACAAUGAAAAAUUAAAAUAUUUAAUUUAUAAAUUUUUUGAAAGUAAUAGUUUUUGGUCGAAAGAUGCACAUAACAAUACAGUAAGACCAUAAAUAAUUACCGGUUCGGUGAACGCUUCGAUUUAGCUCUUCUUGUGUUGUACCAAUACAACACAAGAAGAGCUAAAUCGAAGCGUUAUAGCCAACUAUGGUGUACUAAGUAUUGCAUUUGAAUAAGAUAUAUAAUAAGAUCGCAUAGCUGGAUUGAUUUGUAUUUUAAAAUUUGGAAUAUCGACGCAAUAUGUCUGGCCGUUUUACAGUAUCCAUUUAUAUUCAGUGAAGAAUAAAAGGUUCUGUUGCCCAACUUAUCCUCUGUAUAGAGCCACCGAAAUAAUUCAUAGCAUUUCAGUUUUAUAAGUGCUAUUAGUGUAGAUAUCUGCAUUUAGAAGUAUGUUGGAAUAAGCCCACGGAAUUCGUCAGUAACCAUGUUUGUAUAUGCCAAGACCAUACUGUUUGUUUUGUCAAAUUGAGUACAAAAAUAUGUUCUACAUGUUAGAGCAUUAAACAACAUUUUAUAAUAUUUUUUAAUUGCGGAUUGUGUCAAACAUGGAAGUUAUAAAUUCUUUACAUACUUUUGUAGCUAAUUGUAUCUAUAGAAUUUCAUUAUCAGAUUUAUAAAAUAUGUUAGAAAAAUUAUUGUUCCAUUUCUAAAUCGAUUUAUAAAUUUUUUCGUCACAAUUUAUUCGUUAAAGUGCACUUUGCAGUAAUAUUGUAAUCGUAAAUUCUAUAUGUUAGUAUGUUACAUAACGCUUUUUCUGUAGCAUAUGAGCACCAUUUUAUAAACAAUGUAUCCAAUUCAAAGGAACCACAUUAAUUACAGUGUGUGUUUGUCUAAGAGAGGUUGCACGCUAUAAGCGUAUGUAUAUCUUGGUUUACAUAUAAUGCACGAAGUAUUAAUAUGUAAUAUUUUUAGUUGGCAUUUUGCGAGCAAUAUAAUUACAGUAUGUUGUGGGCAGUGGACAUGUUUUGUUGUUAAUCCUGGCUCGAAGGACCAGCUACCAACGAAUAAUUAAUAUGACAAUUAAGUUUCAUAUUGCACAACAUUACUUAGUAACACUAAUCACUCAAUACCUACCUUGUGUGCGCUGUUAACUUCUCAUUCAUUCAUUUACUUACUCUUUUUUAGUUUACUAUAAACUAGAUAGGGGUUCAUAAAAUUAAAAUCUUGAUCUACACUGAAACUUAGGGAUUUAAACAGGUUCAAUUAAGUUUUGCUCAAAUUUAAGUAACUGAUUAUAAAAAUUAAAAAAGUACACAAACGCUACGACAUUGUCGUAAUGGACAUUAGAAGACAAGAAUAGUCUGUUGCAAAAAUGGUCUCGAGAUCAAAUUGAUUUUAAUCUUAAAUGACUACAGUAGGUAUACUACGUCGCAAAAUGUCCUUUUAUUUUUAGCAGAAAAUAGUGCCCAGUUAUGGAAAGAGGAAAUAUUAAAUAUCCUAAAUGUAUGUUCUAGAAUUAUUAGUGGCAUUAAAAAUGUUUACUACUGCUCUACCGGUACUGGAGUCGAUUUUUUGGCGUCAUUCUCUAAACCACACAUUAUCAUAGCGAAAUCUUUAUUCUAAAGACCAAUAUGAACUAAGUUUUUAAUAUGUGUAUUUAAAUCAUAAAUAUUAUAAUUAAAGUUAAUGAUGGUCCAUAAAAUAGUAAUUUUGCAGAACUAUCAAAUUAAAAUAUUAAUUUUAGAUAAUAGCGUCACAGAAUCUUCACCCAAAGAGUCGAAUAUUUUCAAAGUUAACCUGUAACAUGGGCCUUAUUUCAAUAAUAUUUUGCCUUUAUUACCAGCGUAACAUUUCGUAGAUUACACAUUAAUAUACUGUUAUAUAGACAAGUUUAACACGAUAUUAUAAUAGAUAAACAUGGUAUAUUUAGUCAAUGAUUUUGGUGAUAUCUUUUUAUACAAUUAAUACCUAAAAAUAGAUAAGCCAAGAUUGUUUAUUAAAUAUAGCAAGUAAGAACAACAGAGUACCUAUACGUUUUGUUAUUAUAACACAAUUAUAAGAUUCACUAUUUACUUUAUUUGCUCAAUACUAAGUUGAAAAUUUAUAAUUGUCGCAUAGUAGAUUUAAAUUUUCACAAAAAGAACAAAUUUUUUUUUUAUUAAUGUUUUAUACGAUUUUGUGGAGUCUUGUUUUCUGAUAAACAAUAUGUAAUCUCACGAACUCAGGCGCAACCAGGAGUUGUGAAUAUUUGUAAUAAUUAUAUUAACUAUAAGAAUAAACGUGUUUGCAUCACAUUUAGUAGAUAUUUAUUAUUAUUUAUAUAAGAAACAAGUUCAAUGUGUUAGUUUUUUUUUUGUAAUAAUACAAUUUGUUAGUCCUUGUUGUCACUUGGCUUGUAUUAUCUUUAUUUGGUGCGGACAGUGCAAAUUUUUUAUUUAUGAUAACCUUACAUUAAGUAAAAUGUGAUUCAUUGUUGAUAAUGACAAUAUACUAUUGAGUUUUGAGAUGAUAAUAUAUAAAUUUUCCUAUA